AUGGGGGAAACUGAUUAUAGAUUCUUUCAAGACUGCAUAGAUGUUAUUUAGUUAGAGAGAAAAGAUAAGACUACUACUACUGGGUAGAAUAAGGUUAAUGAAACCUUGUGCAAAUUAGUAAAAUCCCAUACUGACGUAUUUAAUUUGCUGUUUCUUCAUAAGCCAAUCGAAAUAUGCUAGAGAAUCUCACUCUUGACUUUACAAAAAUCGAUUAAAUUUAAGGGUUCAUCUACAUUUAUAACAACUGAUUUAAAAAGUCCUUCCCCUGCUAGAGUUCCUUAAAUUGUUUUGAAAAAAGAUGAUAGAGGUAGAUUCAAAUCUCAAAGAGGAAAAUCACUGCAUGAUAAAUUCAACUUUAAUCACGUUGUUGAGUAAAAAAUAAUAAAGUACAGCAGCUUCAAUAACUAUGAUUUAUUGAGGAAAAUGAAACAGACAGAUAACCUAUACUUGAAUUAGAUUUAUAAUUAACUAAUCAGAAAAGAAAAAGAACUACUGAGUGGUUUAAUCUACAGUGAUGAAUAACUUACUUCAAUCUAGAAUUCUUAGUUAGAGCCUGGAUUUACUAUUAAUUAAAGUGCAUUAUUUCAAGAUUUCAUGCCAUAUUUAAGAGAGUUUAUGAUAAGAGCUGUGGAAGGAGAAGCAAUUUUCGCACGCCUUCACAGAUCAGACUUAGAACAUGCACUUAGAGAAAAAGAUCAUAGCAAGUAAGAAUAACUGUCAGAUUUUAUUAAUGAACUCCAACCUUUUCAAUCGUGGACUAGAAAUAGAAAUCAAAAUAUCGUAUCCAAGAAAAAAUUGCCUCAAGCAUUCAGACUACUGUAAAAAGGUCACUUUUUUAAUGAGGAAAAUCUAAUUCUAUAAUGUCAGUAAUUGGACAAUUUUAACUAAUACCCUAAAAGUAAAAAAGACUCAAAAGAACAUCUAACAACAAAGUAUUAGAUUUAGUGUAAGUCCAUAGAGGGUGAAUUUCUGACUAUAAACAUUCAAGAUCUAAUUAAAUCAUUGCUAAAAGAGGAUGAUCUCGAGAGAGUGCUAGAAAGGUAAUUCAAAAUUAAGACUAACUGGCAUGAUGAUGAAGACUAAAUGCUGGAGACCUUUGAUGAUGAAGAUAAAAAAGAAAAGUUUUAACCCUUGAAUACUAAAGCCAGUGAUAAUGUCAUGCAAGUAUUUAGAAAGUAGUAGAUUGAAUUUAAGCCAUUCUCAACCACAGAUAAUUAUUGCAAAAAUCAAAAAUCGACUGAUGAACAAUUUUAAGAUGAAGCAGCAUUCAGAAGCUUAUUGCUGAAUAAAAGAGAAGCAGACUAUAGAGAGACACUUAAAGAAGUCAUCAAUCAGUAUCCGAUAGUCGAUCUUCAUAAAAAGGUACUGUUAAUGACUUAAGAAAAUAUAGUGAGCCAAUAAUCUUCUCCAGUUCGGAUGAAUAAGAGAAAUCUAUAUAUUAAUUCUAAGAUUGAUAAUGAAAUUGAGAGCCAUUUGAAUAUCAAGUCUUAAAAAGAGUAGGUAUUUUAAAAAUAGUCAGUGAUAGGCGGAGUUCUAUCUCCAUAAAAUAUGUUUAAAUAAAGACAUCAAUCAAAAGAUCAAUCCACUGAGAGCCAAAGCAAGAAUUUCCUAUAUCAAAAUGGUUCACAAUUAAUGUCGAUCGCACAAACAAUCAAUAGAAGUAAAUCACCAUAAAAGUCAGUAAUUUCACAGAGCAAAGAUGUUUUAAAUUAGUUUAAUGCGUCGCCUAACUUUAGAUUACCGAUAGCUGCAAAGAGAGGGUCUUUGCAGAUAAAGCAAUAGUCAUAUAUAUCCUAUAAUCACAACAACAACAUGAUACCUAAUCGCAUUUUAAUGAAUCAAAGCAUAAUGAUGAGUUAGAAUCCAAAUCACAGUUAGCUUUAUUCUCCCAACUCAAGUCAAACUCACAGUAGUUAAAUAAAUUAUCAAAACUAAAACCUAAAAAAUAUUAUUGCAAGAGAUGUAAUGAAGUAAAACGGGCUAAGGAAUAAUAAAUUCAGUAAUAUGAGUUUGGGAUCUUGCCUUAACAAUGCCUAUAUUAACAGUAACUUCAAGGAUUAGUUUUAAAUUGCUCCAUUCGCUGAGAAGUCUUUUAUUGGUAGAAAUAAUACUAAAAAUUAUACCUAGAUAGAUAUUUAAAAUGCCAGAAGAUGA